AUGGCGGUGCCUACCGAAAGCGCCCAGGCGGCCACCGGUGCUUCUGCAGCGGAAUGGGAAACCUCGCCGAUGUACCUCGCCCUCUCGUCCCGGAUCGCCAAGACCGAAUCUACCCUCGUCAGCCUCUCUGCGCAAGUAGCCGAGCUAUCCUCCAUCGUUAAAUCACAAACGGCCAAGGCGCUUCCUCCAUCAUCCUCUUUGGCUUCGGUAGGCGGGAGCGCAUCGCUUUACUCGCCAUCGGACGAGAACAUCCCGCCUGCACAUACGGGUGCAGGCGCUGGCGGUGCGAACGGAACGGGUAUCCUCGCUGGCGGCAUCGGAGGCGGAGGCGGAGUAGGGGACGGUCCGGUGGGGCUGGGCAUACAAGCACAAGAGCCCAGUAUUGCUGCUCUCACGCAGCAGAUCUCGGCGCUGUCCACCUCGGUCGCUCAGCUGCAACGGCUGCAGCAGGCGCAGUCCACCAUCGCUCGCACCCCCUCCACACCCACUGUUCCCGGCAUCGGCGCCUCGCAGAUCAUGCCGGCUAUAGCGUCGUAUGCCGCACACCCAGGGAAUCUACCUAUCGGGAACAGAUUCAUGCCCUCCUCAUCCUCCGACUUGGCAUCUGGACCCAUGACCACCCCCUCCAAUAUGAUGCCCCCGCCCCCCUCUCAAAUGGGUCCCCCUCUCUCCCCGAUACCGCCCAAUACCAAGCGCGACCUCGCCUUUUCGAGCCCUAUGAACGGGAACAGGCCGAAUAUCAACCGCUCGAUGUCCUCCUCGGUCAUUGGGAACCCUCAGGCGGAUGCAGAGAGCAAGUGGGGGAAUCAGGGACGGAUGGGCGGACCGGGAACGCUGCAGAUGCCAAGUAUGGGCGGGGCGAUCGAGCGAGUCUGGUCACCUGGAGGCAUGAUGACACCGACGGUCAGCGUGAAUGGGAGUUUGGCGAAUGGACCGGGACCUGGACCGGGAGGUGGGGGCGCGGCAGCACCGGGGGCGGGGAUCGUGGUGACCAAGUGGGAACAUCUGAAUUUGAAGGUGGAGCUGCUGAGAGCUGUCAACAAAUAUGGAAUCGGUCCACCCAACAAGAUUCAGGCGAGAGUACUGCCGUUCAUGCUCAAAGGGUCGGAUAUGAUUGCUCAAGCCCCACCAACGCAAGAACGGAUUAUAUCUUAUGUCGUACCCGCGCUUCAGCUUUGUCUGACACAUCCAUCGACCAGCCCGCAGUAUCGCGGACCGACCGUCGUCAUCGUCACUACCACCGUAGAUCAGGCCAAUCAAUGUCACAAGCUUGUUCGCAACCUCGGUGCACCCCUCGGGAUCCGUUCUGCCCUGUCGGCCGGGGCGGCCGGUUCUGGAAACGUCCAAAACGAAGUAGCCGCUAUCCAGCGCGAUGCGGUACAUGUCCUCAUUGGAACGCCGGCGAAGCUGAACGAGGUCAUCACAGCUCGGGGCGUUGUCGGGGGUAGCGAUUGUCGACUGCUGAUCCUUGACGAAGUGGAUCAACUCAUCGCUCGGAAUCUAUACGAGAAUGUCCUCUCUAUCGCCAAGCUCCUUCCUGCACCCAAACGAGGUCCGGUCGGCCCCACCGGCGGUUUCACGCCUGGCGGAGUCAAUGGCUUGAUGUCGCCUGGUGCGAUCGGGCAGGGCGUGACAAGUCCAUACGACCCCGGACAAAGCAGCCCUUUCAACCCUGCCAGCAAGACCCCAUUCCCUGCUCAAACACCUUCGAGAUUUGGCGCGCCCCCCGCGCCGGCUCUGGGCGGUAUCGAGCGUCAGACGUGUAUCUUCUCCAACACCAUCCCCACCGACGUGAUCAACUUUUCACAAACCCUCAAUGUCCGCGAUCCCGUCCGUGUCUUGGUCCGUCGAGACGGCGGCCCCAACUCGCAAGAGUCCGUCUCUUCCGUUACACCCGGUAUCCACCUCAAACACACCUACGUCUACCUCACCAUCACGCCUUCCUCCCGGUCCGACGCGGCCGCGUCUACCCCUGCUGAUCCGAACGGGAUCGGAACGAUCGGGUCUGGGCGUGCCGCGGGCGGAGCGGCCAACCAGGCCGCAAGCGAGGAGGCGAAUCGUGCGAAAGAGUAUAAGUUGGAUAUACUGGGCAAGAUGCUGGAUGAUUAUCCGCUCUGGCAGGCUAUCAUCCAUGUUGGGAGCUUUGGGAUGCUCGAGGCUGUGGUGUACAAGCUCCAAUCGCGAAACUGGGAAACCCUAUACCUAACACCCGACAUGCCGCCCGCGCAGAAAAAAGCCGUGCUCCAAUCCUGGCGGACCUCUCUCGCGGGGAACGGCUCCCGCUUCCUCGUCGUCUUUGACGUCAAUGUCAAGCCGCCAGACGUGCCCUGGUCGCCGCUCGUCAUCAACUUUGACCUGCCACGGUCGGUCGAGGGCUAUGCGGCGCGCGCGGCGGCAGCGGUCAGCCCGAAUCGGAAUGGACAGCAGGUGAAUGGGGUGAUUGUGAGCUUUGUGCAGGCUGCAGGAGGGGAUGUGGAGAUGUUGAGGAGUACGGAGUGUGCUUAUCGGUUCAAAUCUGCGGAGGUACCGUCGGUGUUCCAUGAUCUGUUCCAGCAUUGA